CGAUUCAAGUUCAUCCCCAAGCCACCUAUCGGAAGAAACUGUAAUAUCGGCUUAAGUGUUCGAGGAGUUAUAAUAUAUAUGAAAGUUUGUUCAAAGCAUUUUGAAGAGUCUGAUUUUCAUACACAAAGUAAGGAGCUGAGACACGCAGAUUUGUGUUUGAGACCGAGAAAAACUAACUUGAGACGCCGAAAUUUGAAAAGAAAUGCAGUCCCAACAAAAAACCUUCCUACAGGUACUCAUGAUAACAUAAAGAAGAAAGAAAGACGGAAUUUAACUAGAUAUGAUCCUGUACAACAACCAAUUUUGAAGUCUGACUGUGAAGUAAUGACACAAAAUCAAGAUGAAAAUGAACUUCAUGCUCAGGAAAUGAUUCACAGGCCUGAUGAAUUGUUGGCUGCUGAAGCUCUAUGUGCUUUUAUCAAUAAGGACAAUUUGUGACAAUAUUACUACAAAUCAAAAGCUUAACAGCUUGACAGGGUUGAAUUCUUUCGAAAUGCUGAAAACUAUUGAAAUUUUAGUAUUAAGAAUAAAAAGAGAAAAUUUUGUUUCAUCCCUCAAUAUUAGGGAAAAAAUACAUUUACAAAAC